AAACGCGGGCUUGCACCUAGUGAUUGGUGUCCGUCUAACGAACCGCAUCGAAUCGUGCGCGCAGUGUGUUGGUUUUCGUGUUAGUAUAAAUUCGAUUUCUUCGCGGGUUUAAGUGUUUAUUUUUCAAGCAUCCAGAGAAUUGCCGCUAUGGAAUUAAAGGUAUUAGCGGUUACGUUGUUGUUGGCCGUGAGCUGCAGCUGUCAAUACGAGGCAGAAAGUCAUCAACACGAUGAUGGGUGCUCUCAUCCACCAAAAUAUGGACCUAGCAAAUCUGAUUACACCCAGAGUCUAGUAUCUUACGCUCCAGCACCCAAACCAGUUUACUUCAAGCCCAGCUAUGAAGCAGCAAGCUAUUCAGCCCCUAGCUAUUCGGCUGCCAGCUACUCUGCACCUAGCUACUCGGCUGCCAGUUACUCAGCUCCGAGCUACUCAGCUCCGAGUUACGCAGUUCCUGACCCGAGCUAUGCGUCGCCAAGUACCCCAAAAUACUCUUCACCGAGCUACACCAACAACUACAAGCCAGCAAAGGCUUCGUACUCUGCCCCAGCAUACAAACCAGCAGUGUACUCCACACCCAAAUACGAAACUCCACAAUAUGUUUCUAGUACCACAGAGUACACACCACAUGAAUACAAAGGCGAUUACAAACCAGCUGCACCAUACUCAGUGACCACCCCGAAAUGUGAAGACGCUUCUCAACACGAGUACACCACCCCAGCACCAUCUUACUCAUACUCUUCAGCACCAAAUUCGUACGUCAGCAAACCUGCCUACUCUCCAGCACCUGCAGCAUACUCUGCAUCCAGCUACUCGACUGCCGCUCCCAGCUACGCUGUACCCAACCCAUCUUACUCUUCAGCACCUUCAAGCUACUCCAAACCUAAAUACUCAUCAUCCAGCUACUCUUCAUCCAGCUACUCGUCGUCCAGCUACUCUACACCCGCCCCAAGCUACGGCGUACCCAGCCAAUCUUACUCACCAGCACCAGCCAGCUACUCUCAGCCAAAAUACUCUGCACCCAGCUACUCCUCGUCGAGCUACUCGUCGUCCAGUUACUCCAGACCAGCCCCAAGCUACGCCGUUCCCGAACCAGUAUACGCCUCACCAUCUGCACCAAAAUACUCUCCACCCAGCUACUCCACACCAGCCCCAAGCUACGCCGUUCCUGAACCAGUAUACGCCUCACCAUCUGCACCAAAAUACUCUCCACCCAGCUACUCCACACCAGCCCCAAGCUACGCCGUACCCGAACCAGUGUACGCUUCUCCGUCUGCACCAAAAUACUCCCCGGUCAGCUAUUCCACACCAGCCCCAAGCUACGCCGUACCCGAACCAGUGUACGCUUCUCCGUCUGCACCAAAAUACUCCCCGGUCAGCUAUUCCACACCAGCCCCAAGCUAUGCCGUUCCCGAACCAGUGUACGCUUCUCCGUCUGCACCAAAAUACUCUGCCCCCGCACCCAAAUACCAAUCUUCGAGCUACAACUCGUACUCGAGCAGCAGCUACAAGGCCGCCAAACCCGAAUACUCUGCACCAGCACAGAAGGCCAUAGCUUACUCCACACCAUCAUCGUACGUCGCAGUGGCUCCACCAAAAUGUGACGAGCACGAGCAAGAAUAUGUUACCAAAGCUCCAUCAUACGACUCCAAACAAUCGUACGCACCAGCACCAGCAUAUUCGCCAGCCGCGUAUACAUCGUCGAAACAAUCUUAUUCGUCUGCCCCGAUCGCUGUGUACUCUGCUCCAGCUGCUUCUUAUGGCCCAGCCCCCGAAUACUCAGCAGCUCCCAGCUACCCAUCUCCAUCGUACUCAGCUUCCCAGAGCUACCAGUCCGCAUCAUACUCUUCAGCCCCAAGCUACUCAUCGCAGUCGUACGCCUCUGCACCUGCUCCAUCAUAUGGACCAGCAGCUCAAUCAUACGCACCGGCGGCCCCGUCAUACGAACCAGCAGCUCAAUCAUACGGCUCAGCAGCUCAAUCAUACGGCCCAGCAGCUCAAUCAUACGGCCCAGCAGCUCCGUCAUACGCUCCAGCAGCCCCAUCAUACGCUCCAGCAGCCCCGUCAUACGCACCAGCUAAGACCUACGCAAGCUAUGUAACUCCACCAAAAACUGGACCAACCAAGAACGUCGUUAACACUCAUUUGGAAAAUUACGAUGAGAACCCAAGAUACGCCUACGAAUACAGCGUAGACGAUUCAUACACAGGUGACAAGAAGAGCCAAAAAGAAGAACGUGAUGGUGAAGUCGUGAAAGGAGAAUACAGCCUUGUCGAGCCUGACGGUUCCAUAAGGACUGUCACCUACUACGCCGACUGGGACAACGGAUUUUUCGCCAAUGUCUCCAAGACUCCAGCAGCAGGAGCUAAAUACUAAAUUUAAAUGUAUAAUUAAUUAAUGUUUUAACUCUUUUUUUUAUACGUUGAAUGUUACGAUAUAAAUAUGCAAAAAAAACGUAAGUCCCAUCAUAGCAACAACCAUAUAACUCAUCAAUGCCAUAUUAUAUUACCCGCAUUUCGCGUAUAUAUUUUUAGACCUUAAAUUAAUAUUUUUUAUAUAUACAUAUAUCGAGAUCAGUAAAAUUCAUUUGAAUCGAAAUAAAAAAUAAACGAUCUCACAACCACAUUGAAAAACGUAUCGAAAUUAAAUUUUCGUCGAUUUGUCAUACAUAAACAUCAAUACUCUCAAAUUUUAAUUAUUUUAUUAAUUUAAAUUUAAACAAAAACUAUCUAAGAAUGAAACACGAUAAAUCAGCGAUAAUACAUUAAACUUUGUACAAAUAACUGCCGUCAUCGAUGGUUUCAUAACUCAUUUUUUCGAAAGCCCACAAUUAAACGCGUUAAACCAAUAAUAAUAAUUGUCUAAUUGUAUAAUAGAAUUAUGUUCUUCCUAGUUCUUUACCUAAUGCAAUUGUAUAUAUUCAUACUUUUCGAUGUAAAACUUUUAUUAUUAUUUUAUUAUUUUUUUUUUUUAUUAUUAUUAUUAUUAUGAUUAUUAAUCUUCGUGUACAAUCUUCAUUUAAUUUUUAUAUAUUAUUAUUUUAUGUACCAUGACGAUAGAAUAGGUUAAUAGUGAUUUUUGACUUAUAUAAAUGAAAACUUCGUAGUUACCAAUACACAA